AAGCUUUUGGGUUCCUGGCCCUGGGAGCUCUAAACAAUUAGUCUGUCUGCCCCCAAGUAGCCUCAACCCACCUGGCUUCUUCCCAGGGCCACUUCCUAUACUCUCGAGCCCUCCUGGUCUUUUAUAAAUCACAAACUCCAAAGGCUAUUUUCCCUGGAGUCCCUCACAGUUGGCUCCCUCUUACAACUGCAGGCUGCUCUUAUUUUCCUAGAAAGACUGCCCUCAGUCACCUGACCAUUUGUCAUGUGACUUCACUCAUCUGACACUAAAUCUGACACCGGUGCAGCUGAUCCCCAACCUUCUUGAAGGGCCAACUGACCCUCUGAAAGAGUGCCUAAAAUAUCUUUAGAUUUUUCAUUGUCAACAUCAGAAGGGAAACAGAAAAGCUGAUCAGUGAACUCCUAUCCAGCACUACAGACACCAAGGUAAUGAUUGACACAGUUGGGAUCAGUUUACUGAAAGGGAUAAGGUGCAGAAUUGCAGAACUGAAGACAAAAUUACACAAGGACUAUUCAACAAAAUUAGAAAAACUGCACCUACUGGAGAGUGAAACUGAAGCCCCCAGGCAGCUUUAUCAGCAAAUGAAAACUCUUUUGGAACAACAUUCAAAUUCAGUACAGUUUCUUCAAGAGGAUAAAAAACUCAGGAGCAAGAUGGAAAAACUUAUCGAAGGAAGGUCAUUGUACCAGGAUCCAUCAAAGUAUAAAAUUUCAGUGAGACGAUAUUUUGAAGAAUUGAUCAGAGGAAUCAACAUCAAGGAGUAUAUCUCGACUACAUCAGAUGAAAUGUUUGCAAGUACUAGUGACCUGUAUGAAGCAUGCAGGCCAGAAUGCCCUGCUUUUGCUUUUUCAGGUGAAAGUCCUGAUCAGUCCUUCUGCAAAAGAGUAUUAGGCUUAUUUGAGAAAUCAGGUAGCAAGGAGCAAGAUCUUUUCACAAAAGCAUCCUGCCCUGACUGUAGCAGUACACCAGGUACUAGCGUUGAUUCUUCACUCUUGAAAGAUGAGUCAAAAAUGUAAAAUAUUAAAAAAAAAAUCUCCUGCAGUUUACUUGUUGGAAUUUGCCAAUCAUAUAUGCUGCCUAUGUUUCCUACAAACCAAAAAAUAAAAUAGUUGUAAAUGUAAACAGGUUGAAUUGACACAUACCCUCUUGUGUGCUUUAUUGCUUCAUUAUUAUUUCACAGAAUAACAUUGUUUGGAAGGCAGUGGUAGGAAAGCAACCUAAAAGAAGGUGGAGUAAGUUACAAGAAGAGUAAUUUAGAAAAAUUAAGCAGAAGAAACAGAUUCUGUGCAGCAAACUGUAGUAUGUAUAACAUUUCUCCCUGUGGCCUCAUUUUUGUAAGUGCUGAGCAACCACAAACAAUGGGAGCUGCAGACAAUGGGAACUGCAGGUGCUCAGCACCUCUGGAAAAAAAUCAGAAGUUUAAUGCUUAUGUUUGAGCCCUAGGAAACUUAUUCUGACUCGCCAUAUUUGGCCAAGCACAAUGAAUUGCUCAUAAAUUUACCUAUUAAUGCAAAUGAAUGUGGUCCAUGAAGGAAGUGUCAACAUUAUUUAAAAUGUAUGUCUCAGGAAAGAAAGAAAGAGACUAGCCUACUGUAUAUAUGGCAGUCCGCAGUGUGUAUUUCUCUCUGAUCGUCCUUUUCCACUGCUGGAGCACA